AUGGCUCCGCGAGGCUUCACCCUACCUUCGGCAAAGACUGAUAGUGCGAAAGCUGCUCGCAGCGCCUUCUUCUGUGAGCUAUGUCAAAAAGGCUAUAGUCGCAUGAACGAAUUCGAUGCACAUGAAUCAUCCUACGAUCACCAGCACAAGAAGCGAUUGAAAGACAUGAAGGAUAUGCAGCGGACUGUGCAGAACGCAGGCCGGAAGGAGGAGAAAGGCCCAUUGAUGAGCAUCAAACUAGGUGGUGCUAGCACUAAGACUGGAGGCGCAGGUGGCUUCAAAAAAGGUGGUUUCAAGAAUGCGUUUGCUCCCGCAGAAAGUACUGACGAGGUAAAGAAGGAGGAUAUGGAAGAGGAUAAGAUUUCUUUGGACAGAAAAGACAAGGAUUCGAAGACGGAAGAAGAUGAGGAUAGCGACAUAACUGACCAAGAAGACUAUUACGAUCCUACGAAGCCGACAGGUUGUAUGCCAGAUUGUCCAGGUGUUGCAGCUUGA